AUGGAGUUCGUGCUUGUACUUUGGACAAAUAAAAAGCCUGCAACAUUCAGUAUUAUCCCUGAAACUGAGAUUCGCAUUUGCGAUAAAAAUAAAUAUAAAGCCAAGUAUGGAAGCCAUUGUGUAUUUGAAUAUUUUUACUCUGUAGCUGACAAAAAAUGGCUUGAGUCAUUAGAUGUCUUUACUGAUGGUACUCUUUAUCAACCGAUUCCAACUGUUGAAACCUUAAGCAUUGAUACUCAAAGUAUCGAUCAAGAAGAAAGAAUUAAUCUCCGCCAAAAAGAAGUUGAAGAAGAUGCUGAUCAGGUUGAGAAGCUCGGUGAUCUUGAAUAUCAAGUUUCAGGCUUACAAAUUGAAGAUAAGAUGGAUGCUGCAGACAAAAAUCAAGAUAACAACUUUGUUUCUGAAAUCGGCGUUCCUCAAGAAUUCUUAGAACAAGACAUUCGACAAGAUUUAGCAGAUCGACGUGCAGAUCAUGAUCACAGCUUGGUUGAAAAUCAAGUUGUAAAUGAAGUUAUCAAUAAUAAAACAUUUAAUAGCAUUCAAAUUCGUGGUGGAUCAGUUGAAAAAAAUUUAAAUCUACCUAAGGCGGUAUAUCAAAUUGAAUUAGUAGAAGGAAGGGAUUUAUGGAUCAAUAAAGUCGAUCUUGACGACAUUGUCGAUCGAUCUGUGAAACCAAGUGAUUUAACGAGAAAAUUAUUAGCUCAUUUUGUUGGGGAAGAAGAAUUGAAAACUAUGUCCGUGUCAGGCAAAGGAGGCUGGAAACCUGUUCCUCAAAAUAUUUUGAAGACUGUUAAAAGCUUUGUAAAGGAGAAAUCAGGUGAAAAUAACGUUGGUGGUUUUAAUCGUUGGGUAACCAAAUAUUGCAACCGGUUAAGAGCUACUGAAUAUCCAUUAGAAGAAUCGGCAUAUCCACAACAAGAAUAAUGCAAAUUUAUAACAAUAAUUACACUUUUAUUAAGACAUAUACGAUUAAUUGAUGCAAUAUAUCAAUGAUAAAUUAAACAGUUAGGAACUGUUAACAGUAAACUGAUGGUUUAAUGAAAUCUACUGAUGUUUAGCAAAUGAUAUAACGAAUUUAUUAAUUAGGAUUACAAAAAAAAAUAGUAUAAAAUUUUAAGCCAAUAAAAUUAUUUUUUAAAAAAAGGUCUAUCGACGAAUUCUAUGUUUCGAUUGUACUUUUUUCUCAAAACUGUUGAUCUGUUGUGCAUAACAAACUGUGCGAGGUACAACUUAAAAAAAAAAUUAAAUGCACUACUAAAGAAAUGGAACGGUAACUUUUUAUCAUACAAACUCGAUUCAUAUAAGUGAUGCCCGUGACGUAGACCAGUUUUUGAAAUAUCACAUUUAAAUUUAGGAAUUAAGAAACUAGUUAACAACUCAAAAUUCACAGAAAAAAACAUACUUAUUAUUAAAGAGAAUGGAAUUAUUUACGAAAAGGACUUAAACUUUUUGUUGAAUACAUUCUUUCGAAGAUUAUUCAAUGUUAAUAUAUAUGUGAAAUUAUAAAUUAAAAUAACUUUUCGAGCAGUGAAUUUAAUAAAAAAUCUAACAAUUUAUAUUUUCUAUAGCAUUAGCAUACCUUUGAGAAUAAAUAUAGUUAUUUUCUUCAUAUUUACUUAUUCACUAGUUAAAUGCUUGAUGUACAAGAAAACGAUUCGCCGAGCGAAAAUUCAAAAUCCGAUCUUUUUAGUAGUGUAUUAAACUUUUUUUUAAAUAUUAAUGUUAAUUAUUCCAUCUAGUUUAACACUUUGAAAAUUUUGAAAAAAAAGAACUAUGGACAAAAAACAUGUAAACGUGGUUAGGCCUUUUCUCUGAAUGUUAAUAAUAUUAGCUUAUAGUUUUGUAAUAUUUUUUUUUGUCAUCCUAUAAAUAAACCUUUUGGCAUAUGAUUUGAAAAAAAAAUAAAUUUUUGAUUUUUUGGCCCGUUACAAUGAGUGGAUUAAAUGAAGUAUAUCGGCACAAGUGUGUAUUACUUGCUCUGAGAUAACUACACAGAUUUUGUGAUUGCUUAUAUAAUUAUGUCUGAUAAUUAGUCUAUACUAUCGUGCAUUCAUGAAGAUUCGUUCUGUAUAAGAUUAAAGUAUGACAAUGAAUAUCAAUCAAAUUAAGAGACCAAGGAUUUAACUAAUAUGCUAAGGAAUCUACGUUUUAAUUGCAAAUUUGCAAUUCUGGAGAAACUUAUGUAUCGUCAUUAGAAAAUUUUUGCCAGUUUUACACAAAAUUUUGCAACGAAUUUAUUUAU